AUGGAUUUUCCCGGCGGUGGUCAGACGCCGUCUCAAAUACCGCAAGGCGAAACCCCCGGCGCCGCAGCAGCCGGUCUGGGACCCCCGGACCCUGAGAUCAAGGCCAUGGCCAAUUUCAUGGAGAACUGCUUCACCAAGAGCAUCAUAUCCGGAGUCAUGGGUUUCGGCAUGGGCGGAUUGUUCGGCAUGUUCAUGGCGUCUAUGUCCUACGACACCCCCUUCCACACGGCGACGACGGCGGGACAGACAACGGUGACGCCGAUCGCGGACCUACCGCUGCGCCAGCAGCUCAAGGUGGGCUUCAAGGACAUGGGCGUGCGGUCGUACGGCAUGGCCAAGAACUUUGGCAAGGUAGGCGGGCUCUACGCCGGCAUCGAGUGCGGCAUCGAGGGCCUGCGGGCCAAAAACGACCUCGCUAACGGCGUCGCGGCGGGGUGCCUGACGGGCGGCCUGCUGGCCAAGAACGCGGGGCCGCAGGCCGCGCUCGGCGGCUGCGUGGCCUUUGCGGCCUUUAGCGCCGCCAUCGACGUGUACUUGCGGCAGCCCAAGGAUGAGUGA